AUGUCUAUCCCUCAAUCCAACGAGGAACGUUUGAAGGCGAGGAAGCCGUUGCCCACUCCUCAACCCGCGUAUCUACCUACGGCCGGGUCGCCCUUGACGGUCAAUCAAGAGUUGUAUCAGUCGAUCCAGCAAAGCCCCAGAGAACUUGUCGAGUCAUUUGUCUUGCCUAUCCGUUCAGGUCGUGCUUGGAAAGCUCCAGCUAAGAGUAUUAUCCGGAUCAGCACGCCCGAAGGACCUCAAGUCGGGGAUUUGAAUAUAUGGAACGCGAAUAACCCUCGCGAGAGGUUUUGGGCCUCUCGGACAAAACAGCUCCAUUCGUCACACGUUACAACGUAUGAUCGUCUCUGGUCCUGCCUACCGUAUAUGCGUCCAUUGUGCACCAUCGUCGCCGAUUCCCUUUCCUGGUAUGGAGUGGAUGAGACCGGAGGGAGAGUCCACGACCUCCUUGGCACCAGAUGUGACCCUUAUAUCAAUACCCUGCUCUCAGGGCCCGAGGCAUCGUACAACUAUCAUUGUCACUCCAACCUUACAAGAGCUAUCCUGCCUUUCGGUCUCAACGAAUCAGAUGUUCACGACGUGAUCAACUUGUUCCAGGUAACAGGCCUGGAUUCGCAGGGGAGAUAUUUCAUGAAUCCGUGUCCUGCUCAACCGGGCGACUAUAUCGAAUUUUUUGCGGAACAAGAUCUCCUGAUGGCUCUGUCAACAUGCCCUGGUGGAGAUCUUUCCUUGUGGGGCUUUGGGAGUGACAGCGAGAAGGAAAUGAUCAAAUGUUGCAGGCCACUGAAGGUCGAGGUGUUUAGACUGGUCGGGGAGAGCACUAUCUUGACGGGAAAGUGGCAAUUAGCUCAACGCCCAGACUAUCGGGGCGUCCAUGGUAUGACAGUGCCAGAGGGUGAAGUGAGAACAUAG